GCCACGGCCUCGAGAUCAUCAUCGCCAAACGCGGGUGCCAGCGCGUGCAUUCGUCGUCGCGAGCCAUUCGCCUCGGUGAAUUCGAACCGGCUGGAGGCCUCGAAGGACAUCGGUAGCCCUAUUGCAAGAGGAUGAGUUACCCGACGGCUCCAGGCUAUGAGGCGUACGCCGCAACCGUAGGGCAGAGCUAUCCUUUAGGCAACCAGGGCUACCAGACAUCAGGUAUGCAGCGGCAGAUGCCGUCGUCAGUAUAUACGGCCAUCCAGAAUGCUCUGCAGGCGGCUACCCACGAUGCACAGCAGCAACAGCAGCAGCGGUACGCCAUGGCAAAUCAGGGAUACUACCCAAACGCGACAGCUGCUGCCUACCAGACGGCCGCGGCACUUCAGCAGCAGCAACAGCAGGAACUGCAACAAAAGUUGAUUCAGCAACAGCUGCAACAGCAGCAACUACAACAGCAGCAACGGCUACAACAGCUACAGCAGCUGCAGCAGCAAGUACAGCAGCAAGUGCAGCAGCAAGUACAGCAGCAAGUGCAGCAGCAAGUGCAGCAGCAAGUGCAGCAGCUUCAGCAGCAGCAGCUGCAGCAGCAAUAUGCGCGCCAGGCUCAGGCCUACCAGAACUACCCGACGCAGGCCUACGCCGUGCCGCAGACCAGCCAGGCGCCAUACCAGCAGGCGACGGGCUUCCCGCUUUCCAGAAGCUACGGAGCAGCCCAGACGGGUGUUCUGGGGUACCCGCCGAACGCAGCCACGGGCUACUCGGCUGGCUGGCCAAGCGCUGCUGCUACUGCUGACAAGCAGUCAAAAAGUCCAUGGGCCGCCUACCAGCCAGCGACAGGGUCGUGGGUAUCUCGGUGCCUCUCACCGCAGAACGCCGACGCCGGUCGCCAAAAUUACUACUACAGCAGCAGCUAUCCAAGAGGAAGCGGAUAUCCCCCAGGCUACGGAAUUUCCAGCGUCAACAAUCCGAUCAGCUACCGGACGCCGAGCUACAGACAAGGAUACUCACAACCGGGUGUCUACCAAGUGCAGUCCCGUUAUCCCCAAAAUCGAUAACAGUCGGAUCCACGCGGUGCACGGACCCCAACCACCGCAGCCACUGAGACGUGAACCACGAGAACAAACCGAGCUUGAAGGGUCGUCACACUAAUACAAUAAAGUAGUAGG